AGUCAUUUUCCACUUUGAACUAAGAUCUGGAGAUCCCCAUUAGGAACCUAGGAAUGUGACAGAAACACAUCAAAAAUCACAGAUAACACAAGACGGUACCAGAGUUACUUCUUCAUCUGAGAAAAUGGACAAUAUAACGUGGAUAGAAAAGACAUUUCAUAAAAGGGAUUGUGUGCAUAUCAUACCAAGGUCAAGGGAACCCCACAGGUGCAUUCCAGGAUGUCAGAUUUGCCAGCGACUUGUCCGGUGCUGCUGUGGCCAACUAUUACAACAACAUUCACGUUACAUUGGUAAUCUGGGUAGUAGCUCCUCUGGUGUACACCUGGGUUCAAAUCUCCACCAGGAAUUAGGACCUUGGACAGUGGAGAGGCACACUGUGAAGAGUCCCACAGAUGCUUAUGGCACAAUCCUUUUUCAGGGUGGAUCACAAGGCUGUAAGGCUAAGUAUGUCAGGUUGUCAGAUGACAGCAAAACUGAAGACAUAGUCCACCUCAUGGUGAACUAUUGGAGGAUGAAUAUACCAAAGCUGGUUAUCUCUGUCCAUGGUGGAACUCAGAAAUUUGAGAUGCACCCCACAAUGAAAGAAGCACUUUGUAAGGGUCUUAUCAAGGUAGCAGAAACAACGGGAGCUUGGAUUCUAACAGGAGGGAUAAAUAAUGGAGUAGCAGCACACAUAGGAGAUUCCAUAAAGGAAGUGGCUUCCAGGCUGACCCACACAGUUUGUACAGUGGGUAUAGCCCCAUGGGGUGUCAUUGAAGGAAGAGAUGAUCUUCUUGGGCAAAAUGUAAUGGCUCAGUAUCAAGCUUUGAAGAAUCCACUAAGCAAACUCCAUGUCCUCAAUAGUCACCAUUCUCAUUUCUUACUGGUGGAUGACGGGACAGUUGGGAAGCACGGAGGGGAGAUUCAUAUACGACGAGAACUGGAGAAGAAAAUCAGUCAACAGCAAAUUCAUACAAGGACAGCCACAUGUGUUCCUCUUGUGGCUAUUUUCAUUGAAGGUGGCCCUAACAGCAUCUACACAGUGUUGGAAUAUCUUCAGCAAAAACCUCCUGUGCCAGUUGUUGUCUUUGAGGGAAGUGGUAGAGCUGCAGAUCUUUUGGCCUACGUUUAUGAACAAACUGAGAGCUGUGGGAGUCUACCAGAGGGCAUAGAAUCAGAGGUCUUUGCUACUAUCAGGAGGAUGUUCACCCUAAAUCAGAAGGACACAGCUUAUUUAUUCCAGUCCUUACUAGCUUGCAUGAAAAUCAAGAACCUUAUAACUGUAUAUCGUGCUGGGUCUGAAGAACACCAGGAUAUUGAUGUUGCAAUCCUUACAGCACUAUUGAGAGGCACCAACACAUCUCCAAAUGAUCAACUUGUCCUUGCACUCACAUGGAACAGAGUAGACAUAGCAGAAAAUCAAAUUUUCCUCCACGGACAACAGUGGCGUACAGAGCCUUUGGAACAAGCCAUGUUAGAUGCUCUUAUAUUGAAUAAGGUUGCAUUUGUCAAACUUCUGAUUGAAAAUGGAGUCAACAUGCACAAAUUCCUAACAAUACCCAGACUGGAGGAGCUGUAUAACACAAAACAACAUGCUAACCAGACCUUACUGCAUCUUAUACAGGACGUCAAAAAGGGUACACUUCCUGCAGGAUAUAAAAUCACCCUUAUGGAUAUUGGACUUGUAGUUGAAUUUCUGAUGGGAGGGACCUUUAGAUGCAAUUACACCAAGAAACCCUUCAGAGCAAUGUAUAAAUCACUCCAACAGCGAUCAACUCGAAAUGCUGUUAGCAAUACCUCACCACAUUCUUCAAACACAAGACACAAAUACUUUAUUCAAACAGCCCAGCCAUACAAGCCAAAGGUUAAUAAUUCAAAUGAUGACAAGAAAACCACGGGAAUUGUAGAAAAUGAAGAUCGUAUCACAAAACCUUUCCCUCAUCCUUUUAAUGAGCUCCUGGUAUGGGCUGUGUUAACCAACAGACAGACCAUGGCUCUGUUCUUAUGGCAGCAUGGUGAAGACUCCUUGGCCAAAGUGUUGGUAGCCAGAAAACUCUAUCUUUCCAUGUAUCACGAAGCUCGCCUUUGUGACAUUGCUGAUGAUACAUGGCGGAAACUUAAAGCAAAUUCCAAAGAAUUUGGAAAGUUGGCAUUAGAACUUCUAGACAAAGCCCACAAACAGAAUGAAAGAAUGGCAAUGAAGUUGCUAACAUAUGAACUUAGCAGUUGGAGCAGUUUUACGUGCCUUAAGCUAGCUGUUUUUGGAAGACUUCGAGCAUUUGUAGGACACACAUGUACUCAGAAGCUUCUAUCUGAUAUAUGGAUGGGCAGACUCAAUCUCAGGAAGAAUCCAUGGGUUAAGCACAGUGAUAAUUAAAUGUGUCUUCUGUGAACAAGCAUUAUUGAC